AAGAAAUUUCCUCCCUUUAACUUAACCACCCAUUGAAAAAAAAAAAAAGUAUUUCUGGUAAUUGUGGAAGUUUUAGGAGAGUUUUUUUUUUCCUGAAAUAAUUUUCCGCCAUGGAAGAAGCUCUGUUCUUUCUCUUCACUUUCUGUGCUUGAUCUGUUACUACAACAACAUUCUCAAAACAGAAAUGUUCAUGUCUCUCUCUUCCCUGUCUCGAAUCUUACAAGCUCUGGAUCUUUCCUUUGUUUGUAUGCUCUGUACUUUAAGGUACUUGUAGAUACACCCAUACCCACAGCUCCGCAAAAGCUCGAAUCUUCCGUGAUCACCAAGAUUCGGCGGUUUUAGGGUGUUUCUGGGUUUUCCAUAUUUGUCGGAAUCUCCUCACCGAAUCACUGAUCUUAUGUCCGAAUGGAGGAGAGAGAAGGAACCAAGACUACCGGUUUCGGUCUGAAGGAACAUGGAGCUCCUGAUGGUUACCUCAUGGACCCACCACCACCGCCGGAAAACCCUAACCCUUUCCCGGCUCCGACCGCACCCUCCGCAGCUCCCGUCGUGGCUACGGCGGCGGAGAACGCGGCUCCUCCUUUCAGCUUAACAAUGCCGACGGAGAAUUCGUCCUCCGACUUGAAGAAGAAGAGAGGACGACCGAGAAAGUACAAUCCCGACGGCACACUCGCCGUGGCUCUGUCUCCCAUGCCCAUCUCGUCAUCCGUCCCAUUGUCAGCCGAGUUUUCGCCUCGGAAACGUGGAAGAGGAAGAGGAAGAGGACGAGGAAGAGGAAGAGGAAUGUCUUCUUCUAGAUGGCUCAACAACUCUCAGAUGUUCGAAUUCGACAACCCAGGUUCAUCAAAUGCCAAAUUUACAGCAGUGGGAAGUGCAGAGUUUCUUGGUGCGAAUUUUACGCCUUACGUGCUCACUGUUAAUACCGGUGAGGAUGUGACGAUGAAGAUAAUGGCAUUCUCUCAACAAGGUUCUCGUGCUAUCUGCAUUCUUUCAGCAACCGGUUCCAUUUCCAAUGUCACACUUCGUCAGUCCAUGACUUCCGGUGGUACUCUAACUUACGAGGGUCGUUUCGAUAUUCUUUCAUUGACGGGUUCAUUUACUCCAAGCGAGAGUGGAGGAACUCGGAGUAGAGCUGGAGGGAUGAGCGUCUCCCUUGCAGGACCAGAUGGUCGUGUCUUUGGUGGUGGACUUGCCGGUCUCUUUAUCGCUGCUGGUCCUGUUCAGGUUGUGGUCGGGAGUUUUGUAAUGGGUGGUCAAGAAGAGCAGCCUCUUCAAAAGAAGCAAAGGAGGCAGACACCUUCUUCUAUCUCAUUCGGCUCAGCGGAAGAAUCUCGAGUUGGAUACGAAAGAGUCAAGCCUGUUGUUAUUCCCGCAGCACCGCACGUCUCUUCCCAUGAAAACCCGGGCCUAACCAACGUCCAUAACUACUUCACAAACUCCUCUGACUAUGCUAAACACCUGUUCUCGUCCCUUCCCGAAGAAGAAGAAGAUGAUGAUGAUGAUGACGAAGAAGAAGAAGAAGAAGAAGAAGCUGAAGAAUACGGAGGUGAAAUCCAAUCUGACACAGAAGUUCCCAGCUGAUGAGUGUAUGUUGUUGUUCAGACCAGUUCCUUUGUAGGCACUUUGACUUGUAACAGGAUCUGUGUUUCUUAAGUCCUAUGUUUUCUGUCUUCUUUUUAGAUAUGGGUUUCAGAUUUUUGGAUGUUUAAUUGAGAAAUUCAUACGGUUUCUCACACUAAGCUAAGAGUUUAGAUUAGAGGUCGUAAUCUCAGAUUCUUUCAUGUUUGCUGUUGUAGAAAUUCUUGUACGGAAAAGACAGGCCAUGCCGUGCAACUCUUCAACUGGAUUUACAUUUUUUUUUGUUUA